ACGACUCCCGCCAGGCGCCGCGGCGCAGCGCAUGAGCCCUGCUCGGCUCCGGCGCGUCUAUUAUGCUGCCGGGGCCGGCGAGCCGGAGAGCAGCCGGCCGCGCGGGCCGGGAGGGACGGCCGCCGGAGCCGCGGAGGCCAAGUGCUGCCCGCUCGGGCCCAGAAAUGGGAUGUCAGGCCUCCAAAAGGAGCACAGUGGAAGCCAGGGCCUCCCCGAGCCGCUGCUGUGACGGCCAGUGAGCGCGCCGCGGAGGAUGUCCACCACGACGACAGUUGCCCCCACGGGGAUCUCGGCGGCCCCAGGCCCGGUCAACCCACCCCCGCCGGAGGUCUCCAACCCCGCCAAGCCCGGCCGCAAGACCAACCAGCUGCAAUAUAUGCAGAAUGUGGUGGUGAAGACGCUCUGGAAACACCAGUUCGCCUGGCCCUUCUACCAGCCCGUGGAUGCAAUCAAGCUGAACCUGCCCGAUUAUCAUAAAAUCAUAAAAAACCCGAUGGACAUGGGGACUAUUAAGAAGAGACUAGAGAAUAAUUACUACUGGAGCGCCAGUGAGUGUAUGCAGGACUUCAACACCAUGUUUACAAAUUGUUACAUUUAUAACAAGCCCACAGAUGACAUAGUGCUAAUGGCCCAAGCCUUAGAGAAAAUUUUUCUGCAGAAAGUGGCCCAGAUGCCCCAGGAGGAAGUUGAAUUAUUACCCCCUGCUCCGAAGGGCAAAGGCCGGAAACCGGCUGCAGGAACCCAGAGUGCAGGUACGCAGCAAGUGGCGGCCGCGUCCUCUGUCUCCCCAGCAACCCCCUUCCAGAGUGUCCCUCCCGCUGUCUCCCAGACACCUGUCAUCGCUGCCACCCCAGUGCCAACCAUCACUGCAAACAUCACGUCGGUCCCCGUUCCCCCGGCCACUGCCCCGCCUCCUCCCUCGACGCCCAUCAUCCCCGUGGUCCCUCCCACACCACCUGUAGUCAAGAAAAAGGGCGUGAAGCGGAAAGCAGACACCACGACGCCCACGACGUCCGCCAUCACCGCCAGCCGGAGCGAGUCGCCCCCGCCGCUGUCAGACCCCAAGCAGGCCAAGGUGGUGGCACGGCGGGAGAGUGGGGGCCGCCCCAUCAAGCCGCCCAAGAAGGACCUGGAGGACGGCGAGGUGCCGCAGCACGCGGGCAAGAGGGGCAAGCUGUCGGAACACCUGCGGCACUGCGACAGCAUCCUCAAGGAGAUGCUGUCCAAGAAGCACGCGGCCUACGCCUGGCCCUUCUACAAGCCGGUGGAUGCCGAGGCCCUGGAGCUGCACGACUACCACGACAUCGUCAAGCACCCGAUGGACCUCAGCACCGUCAAGAAGAAGAUGGACAGCCGCGAGUACCCCGAUGCUCAGGGCUUCGCCGCCGACGUCCGGUUGAUGUUCUCCAACUGUUACAAGUACAACCCCCCGGACCACGAGGUGGUGGCCAUGGCCAGGAAGCUCCAGGAUGUGUUUGAGAUGCGGUUUGCCAAGAUGCCUGACGAGCCCGUGGAGGCGCCGGCGCUGCCCGCCCCCGCGGCCCCUGUGCUGAGCAAGGGCGCGGAGAGCAGCCGCAGCAGUGAGGAGAGCUCCUCGGACUCGGGCAGCUCCGACUCGGAGGAGGAGCGGGCCACGCGGCUGGCCGAGCUGCAGGAGCAGCUGAAGGCUGUGCACGAGCAGCUGGCCGCCCUGUCGCAGGCCCCCGUGAACAAGCCAAAGAGGAGGAAGGAGAAGAAGGAGAAGGAGAAGAAGAGGAAGGACAAGGAGAGGCACAAGGCCAAGUCCGAGGACGAGAAGAAGGCCAAGGCGGCCCCACCUGCCAAGCAGGCCCAGCCGAAGAAGGCGCCUGCCAAGAAGGCCAGCAGCACGGCCGCGGCCAGCAGGCAGCCGAAGAAGGGCGGCAAGCAGGCAUCAGCCUCCUACGACUCGGAGGAGGAGGAAGAGGGCCUGCCCAUGAGCUACGACGAGAAACGCCAGCUCAGCCUGGACAUCAACCGGUUGCCCGGGGAGAAGCUGGGCCGGGUGGUGCACAUCAUCCAGUCCCGGGAGCCCUCGCUCAGGGACUCCAAUCCCGACGAGAUUGAGAUUGACUUUGAGACUCUGAAACCCACCACUUUGCGGGAGCUAGAGAGAUACGUCAAGUCUUGUUUACAGAAAAAGCAAAGGAAGCCAUUCUCCACGAGCGGGAAGAAGCAGGCAGCCAAGUCGAAGGAGGAGUUAGCUCAGGAAAAGAAGAAGGAGUUAGAGAAGCGGCUGCAGGACGUGAGCGGGCAGCUGAGCAACAACAAGAAGCCGGCCAAGAAAGAGAAAGCGGGCUCCGCGCCCUCGGGAGGGCCGUCCCGGCUCAGCAGCAGCAGCUCCUCCGGGUCCGGGAGCAGCAGUUCCAGCGGAUCCAGCUCGGACAGCAGCGACUCGGAAUGAGCUCUGCCCUCGGAGCAGAACAGAACCAGCGACGUCGCACACGCCGAAACUCUGCAGUGUUCCCUUCUCUGGUUAAUAUACUACUUUCGUUCCACGGUGUGCAGGUUUUCUUUUUAACUCAGUGUUAUGGUAUCUUCCAGUUUUUGCUUUAAUAGGUCAAAGAUCUUUCUCGUGUGUCCGUGAGGCUUUAUGAGCAGGGGUGAGACCGCGUAAAGUCCUUUCUUCGUAACUGAGAUCAGUUGCUUGGAGAUGGCAACUUGCAACGCUGACCUGAUGACCGUAGAAAACCAUGUCGAUGGGAUCUGAAGUUUCUUGCAAAAACCCCUUUCUUAGGCCGACCUGGUCUGUAGCUCCAGAAAGAAUUGUUGGAAAGGAAGUUUCUCUGAGAUGGUACCAUACUGAAGGCUGUCAGCUUUGCGAAUGGGUGUUGUCUCUGCCCUUGGACUCCCCGCGCUCAGCCCUGCUGCCGGCCAGGCUUGCCUCUUGCUGCGGGGGGCCGGGGGGGGGGGGGGCCCGAAGGUGUGGGGGCGGGGUCCGUGGGCUCCAGUCCGGGCUUCUGCAGGGGAGGGUUGGGGAGAGGCAGGCGGGCGCAGAGGGAGGGGCGUCAGGAGCUCCCGGGAGGGAACACGGGGGCCGCCUGUGCCACGCGCAGCUUUCCAUACACUGAAACUUUUACCUCAACUUAAAAAAAAAAGGAAAAAAAAGAAAAAAAAAAGAAAAGAUUUAAAAAAAAAACAAAAACAAAAGGAGCCUUUUUGUAAGGUUCAAUUUUCUACGAAAGUCCAGCCCCAUGUGUGUCCCCAACCCGUGAGCUGCCGGUGCCGCACACUCUGGAGACCUUUCCCCGGUUUCGUGUAUAUAGGAACACUUUAUUUAUUAACAUCAUUGGUCAUUUUUUUUAAAAAAAGAAAAACAAAACUGCAAAAGAAAUGCAUUAAAAAAAAAAAAAAAAAAAAAAAAAAAGCAGACACGCACACGCAGGCCUUUUAUGUGGUUGGAAGGAGAGCCCAGACCCUGCCCGGAUGGCGGACUGUGACCUCCAGGUGCUGGCGUCCUGCCACCUGCCGGUGCUCCGUCGCGCUUGUGCGCUCGCCCUCCCCGCCGGCCCCGCGGCCCGCCUCUGUCUGCGAGCGCGCGCGGGGUCGGGACGCACAGGCACAGACAACUUCCAGCCGCAGCACAUGCUCAGUCUUCGUUCUGUGUGUCCGGUUCUUUUGUACUCACUUCUGGUCUCUCUAGGACUGUUUUAAAAGAAAUCAAUUUAGGGAACCCCAGUUAUAUAAUAUAAACUUUGUAAUCUGAAAGAAAAAAAUGUAUAGUAAAUCUAAGUCUUGAUUUUUAACUUUCUAUUGUAAAAAAAUAAUAAUAAUAAUAAUAUACAGAGUUUAACAGAAGGUUAUGUUUUGGUUUUGUUUUUUUCCAGAGGCUGCCCUGCGGCCUUUGGGUACAGGGACACCCCACAUUGCCCGCCUGAACUCAGAGCAUUGUGGCUCCGGCCACGAGUGCCGGACGCCCGCCGGCCAGUCCCCCCGGCCCAUGGGGCGCCCCUCACCUCCCAGCCCCGAGGGUAGGAGCAGUGGCCUGGCCAGGCUCUCCCCAGGGGCAGGAGGAGCCUCUGGCCCUCCCUCAGCCACAGGAGGCUUUGCUCCCGGAAGACCACUCUAGGCUCCCUGCUCAAGCGUUUUCCAUUAGCACAGAAAUGACCGAGACAGGGCCUUCUCCCAGACCUUCCUGGGAGGACUUCCUGGAGUUGGGUGCUGGGGGCAGAGCUAGCCUUGGGUCUGGUGGUGAGUUUCCAGGUGGACGGGGGGAACUGGUCAUUGGUAGCCCAGUAGGGGGCUCAGUCUUUACAAAUUCUUAAAAUGAAACCAGGUUCCCCCGGCCCUUAACGGUCACAGGCGCCCUUGCCGGUCAUGGAACUGAUGAGGCGGUCGGUGGGUGGCGGGUUACCAUGUUUCUUAUCUGCUGGUGAUUCUGACGCUUGGUGAGUUUUGAGCCAGUUUGUUAAACUUUUCAUUAAGUUUUGUUUAUAAUAAAAAUAUAUGUGGAUUUUUCAACUUGCCAUUUUUUAGAGUUACCCUUGUGUUUCAAAGAUGUUUUUCUAAGCAGAUCUGUAACAAUAUUUAAACUAGGACUUUAAUACAUGACACGAUGGACGGUCUCUAAGCAGGCUCUUGCUGGCCACAGGCAGCAAGCACGCCUCCCCAAGCAGGGGGUGCCGGGCCGUGCGUGGGGGGCUGCUGGGGAGCACCUGUCCGGCUGCGGGUGUCGUGGGGGCGGUCACCUGCGGGAGCCAGGCACAGUGGAAGCAUUUCAGAUCACUUCACUGUCCGCUGGCUCUGCGGGAGACCUGGGUUCCAGAACAACUCUGCCCCUCUCCCCUGCCCCUAGUGAGGCCGCCGGCCACCAUGGCACAGAGGGCUGCCGGCUGUCGGAGCAGUGUAGUUCGAUGGUGCUGGUUUCUUAGGGCUUUCUGUACACUUCAAAGCCAAUGUCUCUUCCGAGUUCAGGUGAAUGUCCUCAGUCCCCUCGAGGUCAGCCUGUGGGCGUUUGCCGUCUCCACGUCUCUGUGCUGGGGAGACCGCAGUUGGACAGGCCGGGCUCUUGAGGCACGGAGAACCCAAGGGCGGCUUUCACGGCCUCUUCCCGAGGGAGAAGGAACCGUGCGGUUAGCAGGCUGGUCUCAUGGGAGCCCCGGAGGCCCAGGGGACAGAGACCCCUGCUUGCGAUGGGCGGUGUCAUCUUGCGUACAAACUGUAAGAUAUGUUAUCUUUUCGUUUCUCUUUUUGUUCUUAAGCAACAUCAUGUCUGUGACAGCUCUCUGGGGAAAACAUCCCCCGGAGAAAGGAUGCGUUCCCCCCAAGUGUAGCCUGUCCCUCAAUACUGACAUCACGCUUCCAGAAAUUUUUCUUUUUUAUAUUUAAAAUGUUACUUUUCUGUAUGAUGUGCAUGCAAGUUUACGGUAACUUUUCUUACUUUUUAGUGCCGUUUCUAGUAUAUUCCUGUAAAUGUCAGUUACUGAAAAUUGAGUCCAAUGUAAGUAGUUUUAGCUCGUUUAUUGCAAUGCUGGCCUCAACACAACAGAAUAAAAAUGGUAGAAAGUA